AUGGAUGUGUCACUUCCUCCUUUCAUGGCGUCCUCAGGCUUACUGCCAACUGGGACUUUGCUGGAAUCUUUGAUUCAUAUAUCCAAUGAAGUUGCUUCAAUGGAAAAGCUUCCUUGCAUACAGGUUAGGAAUGUUUCAACAAUGAUAAGGAGGAUAAAACUUCUUUCUUCUCUGUUUGAAGAAAUUCAAGAAACCAAUAGUCCUCUUCGUCCAUCUUCAAUCCUGUGCCUCACCGAGCUCUUUUCAGUGAUUCGAAGAGUUAAGUUCUUGAUUCAAGCGUGCAAGGAUGGUAGUUGUCUUUGGGGCCUAAUACAGACAGGGUUUGUUUCCAAUCAGUUUUAUGCAUUGGUGAAGGAGAUGGGAAGAGCACUUGAUAUUUUACCCCUCAGUUUGCUUAAUAUAACCGCAGACAUUAGAGAGCAAGUUGAGCUUCUUCACAAGCAAGCAAAGAGGGUAGAGUUGUUUCUGGAUGCUAAAGAGCUUCAAAGACGAGAGGAUCUUCUGCAAGUAAUGGCCUCUAAUAAUGAGAGGAACACCAAAUACAAGGGCUUCAUUGAUAUUGACAAAUUGGAAGAAGUUUUAAGUAGCAUUGGCUUGAGAAGUCCAUUGGAUUAUGAAGAAGAAAUUUCAAAACUAGAGGCAGAAGCGCAAAAGCAGGCAGGAACAGGUGGGCUAAUUGUGGUCUCCAACAUAAACAAUCUCAUAUCCCUUGUUUCAUAUUCAAAAUCAAUGAUUUUGAGUAGCCAAGAAAAUGAGAAGGCCAAAGAAGACAUCAAGCAGCGCUCUGCUUCGAGCAGAGAUCUUGAUCAGUUCUUGACUUCUCAAUCACUGGUUCCUAUUCCUGACGAAUUUCGAUGUCCAAUAACACUUGACUUGAUGAGAGACCCAGUGAUUGUAGCCUCUGGGCAUACUUAUGAUCGGAAUUCAAUUUCUCAAUGGAUAAAUUCUGGGCAUCACACUUGUCCUAAAAGUGGGCAAACGCUAAUUCACAUGGCUCUCAUACCCAAUUAUGCACUAAAGAGUCUAGUGCAUCAAUGGUGCCAGGAGAAUAAUAUUCCAGUAAUAGAAUGUGCAUCCUCAUCCUCCUCGGACUUGGAGAGAUGCAACAGCAAGAGGAAGUUUGAGAAUGCUGUUGAUCACAUUUCUGCCACCAAAGUUGCCAUGGAUGCUGUCAAAAUGACAGCUGAGUUUUUGGUGGGAAAACUAGCAAUGGGUUCCCCGAACAUUCAGAGGCAAGCUGCUUAUGAGCUGCGGUUACUUGCAAAAACCGGUAUGGACAAUAGAAGGAUAAUUGCUGAGGCAGGAGCUAUUCCAUUCCUCGUAACGCUAUUAAAUUCCCAUGAUCCAAGAAUUCAAGAAAAUGCUGUCACUGCCUUACUCAACCUCUCAAUUUUCGACAACAAUAAGAUUUUAAUAGUGGCAGCUGGAGCAAUGGACAACAUAAUAGAUGUUCUGGAAUCAGGAAAAACCAUGGAGGCAAGGGAGAAUGCAGCUGCAGCCAUAUUUAGCCUGUCAAUAAUUGAUGAUUUCAAGGCAUCAAUUGGAGCACAUGCUAAAGCAGUUCCAGCCUUACUUGGGCUCCUGAGAGAAGGCACAGCAGCUGGAAAAAGAGAUGCUGCAACUGCACUAUCCAACCUAGCAGUCUAUAAUCCUAACAAGGCUACUGUUAUAGUGGCCGGGGCAGUUCCUCUGCUCAUUGACCUGUUAAUGGAUGACAAGGCAGGUAUAACAGAUGAAGCCUUGGGGAUACUAGCUUCACUUCUUGGUUGCUCUCAAGGGCUGCAGGAGAUAAGGAAAAGCAGAGUUCUGGUUCCUCUUCUUAUUGACCUCCUAAGAUUUGGAUCUGCCGAAGGCAAGGAGAACUCAAUAACUCUCCUGCUGGGACUGUGCAAGGAUGGAGGAGAAGAGGUAGCAAGACGUUUGUUAAUAAAUCCUCGGAGUAUACCUUCUCUGCAAAGCCUGGCUGCUGCUGGGUCUCUGAAAGCUCGCAGAAAGGCUGAUGCACUCCUCAGAUUACUCAACCGAUGCUGCUCUCAAUCUCACAAUCCUGUAGGAUAACAGUAUCAGAAAACUCAGAUUCCAGAAGUGUAUAUUUGUGGAUCUUUCAAACUUCA